CCAAGUUCAACAACAUGAUCAUCAGUUUUCUGCAGCUGGAAUAGGGAGGCAGAUGAGGAGUAGAUGGAUUUAGAGAAGAACAAGGUGUUAUAGAAGCCUUUUUUCUCUGGCUUGCAGGCGAGAGGGACGAAGAGCAUAACUUUGAGUCGAGUGCAUCUGUUUUUUAUAUGAUAACAAAAUUACAGAAGUUUCUCCUUCCUUUUACUGCUCCAUAUAUUGGGCCUAAAGUGUUGUUGAUAUAUAUAAGCCCAACCCAUUUAAUGUAGAGAUGAUGUAAUUUUUCUUCUUGAUUAAUUAAGAAUUAUUCUAGGAAAUAAUAGAAAUAAAAAUUCCAUAAAAAUAUCUCAACUAAAUUUUGUUAAGCUUUUUAACACCCAAACUUUUUUGUUACCAAGUUUAAUACUCCAACUAAUUAUAUUGUUCAUUUUAAUAAGCAAUCUUUUAGGACUAUGCUCAUUUUAAUACCCAAACAUUAUUUAUUUUAAUUAAAAAUACUUAUAGAUUUCAAAUGAAAUUUAAAAAAUCUAUAAAAUUUACCAAAAAAUUCAGAAAAUUAUAAUUUUAUUUUCUGUUUGAGAAAUAAAAGUAAAUAAAUUGUGUAUAACCUUAAAUUUUGUAAUAAAAUUUGUAAGUUUUAAAUAUAGAAGUUAGUUUGUUUUCUGAAAUAAAAAACAAAUUUAUUUAUUUUCCUUCAAAACUAAUUUUAAAAUUUUCUCACUAAUUUAUUUACCUUAUUAUUAGUAUUUUCAAUUAUAUAAACAAAGUUUGAGUAUUAAACGGGGCACAAUUUUAAAAGUUUGUGCAUUAAAAUGAAUAAAAUAAUUAAUUGGAGUAUUAAACUGGGUACCUAAAAAGUUUAGUUAUUAAAAAGUUUAAUAAAAUUUAAUUAGGAUAUUUUUAUGGAAUUUUCCAAUAUGUAUAUACGUGUGUGUACAUAUAAAGUUACAUUUUAUUUCAAAUCUUCAGUAUGCAAGCACUUGUACUUUUUAAAUGGAACCCGUAUUUAUAUAGCGUAGGAAACAUAUACAAAAGACUUAGCUUAGUAAUUCAUUACUUUAGUUCAACAAGUGAAGGCGAUUUUCUAAGAAAUCCAUUUUAUUGAGUUUGGGAGAUUUUAUUCAUCCCAACAAAAAAUACAGGUCGUCUACAAUAAUCACUAUAACAACGAGGUACACUGUAGUAACAUAUAGCUAAAUCUCAUCAAACAAGGGGUAUAGCUAAAUCUCAUCAAACGAGGCACACUGUAGUAACAUAUAAAAGUAUCUCCAGCUCACCUCUAUCUUUUACUAUAAUAAAUGAAUUUAUUAGAAUUCAUUUAUUAGUGAUCUUCAUUUUAAAAUUUCUUUAUUAUAAAAAGAAAAAAUAUAGGUGGAUUAGAAAUUUAGAAAGGGUCUAAUAUAUUGUUCCAUCACAUGAUCACUAAAACCAGUAAAGAAAAGACAUGAAAUUAUUAGCAUAUCUUUCACAAAGUAAGGAUUAAGAUAUAUUAUAGCUUUCCAAAAAUCGAGAAAAUCAAAUGGAUUAGGGCUUGGGAAAAGACAGAAAAGGGAGAUUUAAGAUCCCAAAGAGAAGAAAAGGGUUUUAUGGAAAAGUGGGUUUGAGAGAGACAAAGGAGAUGAGGUGAAGAGUGUAAAGAGACAAAGCAAUGGGGCAGUUGAGCACAAGAAUAAUAGUGAAAGCCACCACACACACAUUCAUUUAUCUCUUAUAUUUCGUAUAAACCAAAAAAAAUUGAAGUAUAGUUGGAAAAUAAAGAAUGAAAGAAAAGGAGUGAUGGGGAGAGAUGGGAGAAUGUCACGUCGUUUUAAGCUCCUUCACAUCUCCCCAUAUCAUUCAUAUCCCCAGAAUUCCACGCUAUCUCUCUCCUCUUACCAGUCAAUCUCAACCUCUUCCUUUCAAUUUUCUUUCAUAAUAAAACUACAUUCUAGUAGCUAUUAAUAUGAUAUAUAUACUAAACUAAGAAUAUAGUUACAUCAUUCCAGAAUUAGUUUAGGGAAAUCCUAAAUCGGUCAAUCAGAACGCAUUUCUCUGUUUGUGCUUGUAAUUCUUACGUAGUAGUAGUGGUCAUGAUGUUCCUUUUUUUGAUGUAUGGUUUUGAUUUUAUAGGAUGUUCCCAAAGAGACAAUAUAAUCAGUGCAUUUAUUGAAUCCUACUUAGUAGUGUUCUGUGUUCCUCUUGGAAUAUGUCAAUUUUGUGCUUAAGUGUACUCAUCUGCAAACUAAUCAAUAGUAUAUUUGUACUACAUAUAGAGUAUGAUUGGUGAACAUUGUAGUUACUAUAGAGUAAUUAAAAAUGGAAGAAAUGAAAGAGCAAAUACGAUCAAAAAUAAUUUGAGGAUAAAAUUUUCUCUGUGAAAAAAGAAGAAAGUUUUACUUUAUAUAAAUUCACAAAAACAAACAACAUGUUUACUUACGUAUCAACUUACAACUUUUAUCUUGAUCUAUUUUGUACCUGUGUAACACAGCCAAAAAUAUGUUUCCCUAUAAUAUUUUGCUUUAACAUAGCAUACCAGCCAUAGUACCAUUUACAUAAGCACUCCUGAACUGUAAUUUCUUAUAGGUUCGAAAAUAAACUAUACAUCAAAUAAGCAAAGCCUAAUAAACCCUUUGUCAAUAAAUAAGUAAUAAACAAGCCAUAACCAUAAGACCAUGAUUAUUCUCAGUCUCUUAACUAGGAUUCUUACUUUCAGCUAAGAGACGGUUCUUAGUUUUUUUUAGAUUUUAACUAAAAAAAACUAAGAAUCGUCUCUUAAAUAAGAGAUAUAAAAGCUGUUACUUAAUCGAAAAGUGUAAAAAAAUAAAUAUCAAAUCAUGAGUUAAGAACUCCGGCUAAAAGACCGGGGUUAAUCAUGCCCUAACGAAGUAGUAAUCCUACAAUGAUAUGAUGUAUUAAAUUCGGGCUUAAUAGUAUAUAAUAUCAUACAAUACAUUCAACAUGGAAAACAAUUGUAUUAUGUUUUGCUUUGUUCAAAAAUAAUUCAAUUAUAUACGUUGUAAUUCUUUUUAUAUAAAAAUGUAAUUGUUUUUGAAAUUUGGUGGAGAAUUUAUAAAAUAAAAGGAAUAAAACAAAGCAUAUAAAAUAUAUGAUUCUAUCCAUGUGGAGAAUGUUAAUUUGCAAAAGAAAAAAAAAAUAUAUAGAAAAAUAUAUAUCUCGGUACUACUAUAUAUACAUACAUAUAUGUGUGCUUAUGAAAACCUCAUUUGCAUGCUCCCAUUCUCACAUUCACACAAAAGAUAUCUCAACAUUAUCACUCUACUUCAUACCCAAACUAAAAACAGCCAAUAACACUUUCUACUAUUUGUCAAUUUCCUCAUUCAAAGAUAUCAUUCACAUCUCCUAAAUUUCGAUAAAUAAACAAAGCCCUAAUAUUCACUUGCUAUCUGUCUCUCAGCUCGGUUAUACAUAUAUAAAAUUAAAAAGGUUCAAAAUGUGGAUGAUGGGUUACAACGAAGGAGGUGCAGAUUCUUUCAACGGAGGAAGAAAGCUUCGUCCUCUCAUCCCUCGCCUCUCUUCUUGCCCCACCGCCACCGGAAACACCAACUCCGACCACCGCUUUAAUAUGGCAGUGGUGACAACAAUGACGGCGGAGCAGAACAAGAGGGAGUUGAUGAUGCUAAACUCAGAGCCUCAACAUCCACCAGCAAUGGUGAGCUCACGGUGGAAUCCGACACCGGAUCAGUUAAAGGCUCUUGAAGAGCUUUACCAACAAGGAACAAGAACUCCUUCGGCCGACCAUAUCCAACAAAUCACCGCGCAGCUACGACGGUACGGGAAGAUAGAAGGCAAAAAUGUUUUCUAUUGGUUCCAAAACCACAAAGCUCGCGAACGCCAGAAGCGUCGACGACAAAUGGAAAAUGGCCACGAUGAAUCAGUCGUUACGACAACGAGUCUUGUCUCAAACCAAGGAUUCGACAAGAAAGAUUCAAAAGGUUACAAGGUUGAACAUACCAAGAACUGGAUAUGUUCGGUCGGAUGCGACACACAACAAGAGAAACCUCAUGACCAUCAUCAUCAGGAGGAGCCUGUCUCAAUAGCGAUGGUAGCAACGAAACGCAAUGGUCGUCAUGGAGGAGACGAGAUACAAAGCUUUCCUGUGAGAAAUGCCAGGUGGCAUAUGAUGCAGCUACCACCUGGACUCUACCCUUCUUCACAACAACAGCAUAAUAAUCACCAACUCAAUCUCAAUUCCACUACAGUUUCUUUAAACUUGUCCACUAGCAACAGUAACGUUCCCGCUGCUAAAGAUACAGUCACAUUUUCACCUUCAUUUCUGAGGACAAGAGGAGCAAGGAACACAGAGGCUUGUGAUGAUAAUAAAGAUCAAGAACAACAUGAAGAUUGCUCAAACGGUGAAUUGGAACAUCAAGAACAGACACUAGAGCUGUUUCCAUUGAGAAAAGAGGGGUUUUGUAGCAAUGGUGGCGAUGAUGGGAAAGAGAAGGAGAGUGGCAUUCAAUGUUUCUACGAGUUUCUUCCAUUGAAGAACUAGUACUACAUGAUAUUUUUCAAGAGAAACAUGUUUUUGUGUUAUCAUAUUACUAGAUUAAUUAACUAAUCAAGUUAUAGC